AUGGCUGAGCCCGAGGUCCAGCAAGCCCGUCGAAUGUCGGCGGAGAACCAAACUGUCUCCAAAUCCGACAUUCCUUUGAAGGAGCGAUUCUUCCGCUACUUCCAGCAUGAAAUCACCGCUCUACAAGAGCAGAUGGACCGUCUCGCCGACACAUCUCUUGUGGGUGGUGAGCGCGCAGAUGCAACAGAUCAUUGCCUCGCCGGGAUCGUGCGGUUAUCCAAUGAAGUCAAAGAUGCAGCAAGCUAUAUCCCCACCUACGAUCAGAGGGUGUAUGCGGAGGCUAUCAAAGCCCUGCAGGAUAAGCUGAGCGAAACGCGUGCAGCCUUCGAACCGCGGUCGAAGUUCAGUUUCAAGACUAAGAAGAAUGCCUCUGCCAUCUCCCUGGGCGAUGCCGCGGUAUUGGAAGCCGACGGACGGCGCGGCAUUCCCGGGUAUCAGUCGCCGGGGGGCUCGUCGGUCGAUUCGUCGACAAACCAGACCCCCAACUAUCCGUCGACGCCAUUGAACGAACCCGACAAGCAGCAACAGGAGCGGCCAGAGCUAGCGCCCACCUCCGUUCCGCCAAUCUCCAUCGGCGAUAGCGAGCCAAAGUCCCAGCCGAGAUCGAAACCCGGAGGAUUCUCAGCUACUGGCGUGGCCUCGGUCUCCGUGGACAAUCAUUAUGGAUUACAUAUCAUGCUUCCUGCGUGCGGGUCGACCGCCACAGUCCCUGCGUCGAUUACCUCCCUCGAGCACUGUGUGGUGGAUAUGUCUAUUCCCACUGCCGACGGCAAACCCUUUGCCAGUCUGACCACCAAGGGGAUCAAGGAGAGUUUGCUGGUGUGCGGUCAGGUCAAUGGGCCUGCGCACGUCACGCACGUCGAACACAGCGUGAUGGUGGUCUCGUGCCGGCAGUUCCGCAUGCACAACUGCCGCGAUGUCGAUGUCUACCUUAGCUGCUCGAGCAAUCCCAUUAUCGAGGAUUGUUCGAAUAUCCGGUUCGGCCGGAUACCCAAAGCCUAUGCCUUGGACCAUGACCGCCCCGAUCACCAGGACCGCUGGAGCCAGGUGGAGGACUUCAAAUGGAUCAAGCCUGAGCCCAGCCCCAACUGGAGCCUGUUGGACCCUAAUGACGCCGUCCCGGAGGAGGUCUGGGCGGAGAUUGUUCCCGGCGGGCCGGGAUGGUCGCUCGAGGACAUCUUGCAUGCCACCAAACUUGUGAAGGGAUAG